AGGUGUCGCUGUUUGCCCACGAUGGGCCGAUCGGCCGCCAGCGAGCGCGAGAAGGGAAGCGAGCCGGAGAGAGAGGAGGCGCCGGGCUGCACGGUCGGCGCAGGAGAGAGCAGGGUGCGGAGCGAGCCGGCUUCUGCUGCUGGGAGGGGAGGUUCAGAGAGGAGGAGUACGGCGGACGCGGUGGCCGGAGCUGUGAAAUGUGGCCGCGAGAGAGGCGCUGGGACUGCCGAGGGCGAGCCCGAGGGCGAGGGCGAGCGCUGCUGUGGUGCGCCUUGGUGGCGGCGUGGGAGCUGGCGUGGGGGCAGCUGCGCUACGCGGUGCCCGAGGAGAUGCAGAAGGGCUCUUUCGUGGGCGACGUGGCCAAGGACCUGGGGCUGGAGCUGGCGGCGCUCCGCCAACGCGGCGCCCGCGUACUUUCCGAAGGUAGGAAGCAGUAUUUUGCUCUGCAUGAGAAGACCGGCCAUUUAGUGACGGCGGAGCGGAUAGACAGAGAGCAGGUCUGCGAAACCCCAGAUAAGUGCGUGCUGCGCUGUGAGGUGAUAGUGGAGGGCGAAAUGAAGGUUUAUGCAGUCGAAGUGGAAGUCAGAGACAUUAACGACAACGCGCCCAGCUUCCGAGAGGCAGAAACGCAACUGAAAGUGAGCGAGACAACAGCCCCGGGGUCGCGGUUUCCCCUGGCUGAGGCUCACGACCCGGACGUCGGGAGCAAUUCCCUGCAGCGCUACGAGCUCAGCGGCGACCAGCACUUCUCCCUGGCCGUCCAGACGGGAGCCGAUGGGGAGAAGCGUCCCGAGCUGGUGCUGGCGCAGGCGCUGGACCGGGAGGAAAGCGCCUUCCACGAGCUGGUGCUGACGGCGGUGGACGGCGGGGAGCCGGCGCGGACGGGCACGGCGCGGAUCCGCGUGCUGGUGCUGGACGCGAACGACAACGCGCCGGUGUUCAGCCAGGCGGUGUACACGGUGCGCGUGCGCGAGGACGUGCCCGUGGGCUCCACCCUGCUCACCGUCAGAGCCACCGAUGCCGACGACGGGCUCAACGGAGAGGUGAAAUUUUCCUUUCAAAAGAUUACAGUGAAAGCAUCGCAUAAAUUCCAGCUGGACACGGAAACGGGAGCGAUCACCCUGGUGAGGAGCCUGGACUUCGAGGAGGGCUACUCGUACGAACUGGGGCUGCAGGUACGGGACGGUGGAGACCUUUCCGACACGGCGAAAGUCGUGAUCGCGGUGACCGACGUCAACGACAACGCGCCCGAGAUCUCCGUGCGGUCGCUGCUGAGCGCGGUGUCGGAGGACUCUCCCGCCGGGACGGUGGUGGCCCUGCUGCACGUGCAGGACCGCGACUCGGGGGCGAACGGGGAGGUGAGGUGCUCGCUGGGCGCGGGGCUGCCGUUCCGGCUGCGGAGCUCGCUGGGCAGCUACUACAGCGUGGUGACGGCGAGGGAGCUGGACCGCGAGGAGGUGUCGGAGUACAACGUGACGGUGCGGGCGACGGACGGCGGAUCGCCGGCGCUGCGCAGCAGCGCGGUGCUGCCGCUGCGCGUGCUGGACGUGAACGACAACGCGCCGGUGUUCGCGGAGGCGCGCUACAGCGCCUGGCUGCCCGAGAACAACGCCAAGGGCGCGCUGGUGCUGACGGUGCGGGCGGCGGACGCGGACUGGGGGCAGAACGCGCGCGUGCGGUACCGGCUGUGCGAGGGCCAGGUGCGGGGCGCGCCGCUCUCGUCGUACGUGUCGGUGCACGCGGAGACGGGCGCGCUGUACGCGCUGCGCUCCUUCGACUACGAGGAGGUGCGCGAGGUGGGGCUGUGGGUGCGCGCGGAGGACGGCGGCGCGCCGGCGCUGAGCAGCAACGUGUCGGUGCGGCUCUUCAUCGUGGACGAGAACGACAACGCGCCGCAGGUGCUGUACCCGCCGGCGGCGCCGGGCGCCGGCUGGACGGGCGUGGAGCUGGCGCCGCGCGCCGCCGAGCCCGGGGCGCUGGUGGCCAAGGUGGUGGCGGUGGACGCGGACUCGGGGCAGAACGCCUGGCUGUCCUACGAGCUGGCCAAGGCCACGGAGCCGGGGCUCUUCCGCGUGGGGCUGCACAGCGGCGAGGUGCGCACGGCGCGGUUCCCGCUGGCGCGCGACGCGCUGCGGCAGAGCCUGGUGGUGGUGGUGAGGGACCACGGGCAGCCGGCGCUGUCGGCCACGGCCACGCUGACGGUGGUGCUGGCCGAGAGCGUGGCCGAGCUGCUGUCGGACCUGGGCGGCGCGGCGGCGCCGGGCGAGCCGGGCGGCAGCCUGACGCGCUGGCUGGUGGUGGCCGUGGCGGCCGUGUGCUGCCUCUUCCUCGCCUUCCUGCUGGCGCUGCUGGCGCUGCGCCUGCGGCGCUGGCGCCGCUCCCGGCUGCUGGCGGCGGGCAGCGGCGCCUCGCGCGCCGUCGCCGCCUCGCCCUUCGUGGGCAUCGACGGCGUCCGCGCCUUCCUGCACUCCUACUCGCACGAGGUCUCGCUCACCGCCGACUCGCGCAAGAGCCACCUCCGCUUCCCGGGCGGCAGCUGCUCCAACACCCUGCCGGCCGCGCCGCCGCCCGACAAAUGCGCGCCGCUGCUGCUGCCCGAAGAGCCCUCGCGUGCCCGCGCCGACAGCGGAGACGCCCUCCCGGUGAGUCCCUCUAGCGAGGCCCUUACGCUGCUUUUACGCUCCACUGGGUUGCUGCUCUGGACUGUUCUGCGCGUGUUGUGUGUUGCAUGUACAUAGCCUUAGCUCUAAGUAGAGGCCGAUUAGGCAGAGGUACGUGCACCCAAUAUUUCGCUCUUUCUCUCUUGUUCCUGCCAGCUAACUGAUGCAUUCCGGUGGCAGCGUUCGGCCUAGCAUGGAGCGUGCGAUGUGUGUGCGUCCUUUUGCUUUGAGUUGCCUGCUCCUUGGGCCGGGUCUUCGAAGCCUGCGCCACGUUGUUCCUCAGGUCACCACCUUUCGUGUAUAAUUCAGCUAUUCCUGUGAAUGUUAGGCGCUGGGAGUAGACGGACACUCUGCGUUAGCAGUCGAGUCACAGAUGUCCCAGCUUCUUCAGGACGUGUGCUUUAGACGGAUGAGACUGUCUUUAAGCAGAGGCUUGGAUGACGCAGUGUUCUGCCUUAGCCGCACUUUUUGGGGUUUUUUUGGUUUUUUUUGUUUCCUUCCCCAUAACAAGUAGCUCUUUCUUAUGUCGUUUUCCUUCCGUGGUGGGACUUUUCCUCUUCUUCU